CAUCGGAGUUCGGUUAAAAUGUAACUUCCUUUUACUUAGAAGCUGGAGCUGCUUUAAAUCCUCUGAAUGAAUUGAGAAUCCUGUUUUGAUUGCGUUUGUUUAAGAUGGUUUAAGUCAUCAGUGCCGUUUCAUGAGGGUAGUGGUGGCUCAAGUGGUUAAGGCUGUAAGUUGUUGAUCAGAGGAUAGUGGUUCAAGCCCCAGCCCACCAAGCUCCACUGUUGGGCAAUUGAACAAGGCUCCUUAACCCUCUCUGCUCCAGGGGCACUGUAUCAUAGCUUACCCUGUGCUCUAACCCCAAUUCUACUGUGCUGUAAUGUAUGUGUGGUGAUAAUAAAGGCUUCAUGCCCUCAGUUCUUUAGAUGUGCACUUCAUUCCAUGCACCACGACAUAUAAUGAAUCAGAUCUGAUAUCAAUCCAGAUUCAGUACAUUCAUUAUUAGCACAGUCUUGGUGAUGGUCAUUUGGACCAUUGCUAUGUGGUACAUCUGUUAUAUCAUAUGCUUAGUUUUGUCAGGUCAACAAACUGAUUUAUUUCAAAUGUGAACUUAAUUUUAUUUCAUUGCUAGACGAUUAUACGUCCAUUUUGGUGUGUACUAGGCUUAGCUUGUACUUAGUUUCUAUACAAGCCAAGUAUAAGCUUACACAAGCGUACCCUUGGCUUGUUUACGUGCACAACAGACCACUUUUCAGCAUCCUCAGAAGGCGUGUUAAAAGCUUUCAGUUUGGAUAACUGUCAGAAAUAUGGCGUGAAUAUUCGUUCAACUGCUGGAACUCAAAUCAGCUGUGUGAAUUAUCGUAUGGAACUAAUAAUAAAACAGACAUAAGCUCCUAAUUCAUUGUUAUUUAUAUUACAUAUGCAGCUAUGAAAGAAAAAAAUGUCUGCUAUUGGUGCCUGAGAAAUGUCAAAAAUAAUUUUAAUAAAUGAUUAUUUCAUAUUUAAUAUAUGAGCAGUUGUUAUGUUGAACCUCUUCAAAAAAUAUCCAAAAAUUCAUCUUUUAUUCAAGAUUAGUGACAUAUAAGUUAAGAUGAGAUUUGUUAAAGGACUAUACUAUUGAGUCUUUUGGAAACACAAUCUUUUACUCCAAAAAUACACCAAAUGUCUUUAUUUAGUAGUGGACUAUUCCUGAUGUAUCUGCUCGCAUACUGUAAAAGGUGAUGAUACACUGGCUUAUAAACAAAUAGGCUUAAACAUUAUGAGAGUUUUUUCCUCUUUUAUGGAAGAGCUGCUCUCUGAUUUGAUUUACGGUGCCCAGAAUGUGCUCUUCAUGUAGGAUCACAUGCAGCUGUUUGUAAAGUUGAACAAUAUUUCACAAUCAAGACAAGAGUUCAGUGUUGAACAACGGCGUUUAACCCAAAUGAAUGCCAGAAAUCUUUCAGCUACAUUCGUUUCACAGGACCGCAGGACGGCCCGAUGACACAAUCCGCUUUGUGGAAAAUAUUUUGUAGAAGAUGUAGUCAGAUAACGGCUGUGAUUGCAUUUGACUCACUUAAUCUCGUCAAUCACAAGAUCUUUAUGCUCCAAUCUUCCAGUCUGUUUAAUCCCCCACAUAGUUAAUGGUCAUCUUCUGUAGAUUAAGAGCUCUCGAUAGGCCCAAUACAACUGGAUUUAUCACCUCAUCCUUCUGAUAAGUUUUCGGAUAAGGAGGGGAGAUAAGUUUAGUGAAUAAGUUCUGAGCAAGGAGUUUCAAAAGCAGCUCCUCCCUCGUCUUACUGGAGGACGAAUCAGCAUUCUGGAGAAAUGAGAGACACUUAAGGAAUCAGUGGUAAAGACAUUUGAGUUUUUACAGAAAUAGUUAAGCAGGGAUGAAGUUUUCUCUGACGCCGGUAUCCAAAUCCCUCCUGGACAUGGAUGUAGCUAAUUACUGUGAAGGACUGGACCCCACCUAUAGCACGCUGGGCUUUGAGAACGCUGACAUGCUGUACAGCGGAGACAGCAUGCCAACAGAGCCCAGCAUCAGCCACGGGGAUAAUGGCGUGAUCUCCAACUGUGCCAUCUGCGGGGACAAGGCCACGGGCAAGCACUACGGUGCCUCCAGCUGUGACGGCUGCAAGGGCUUUUUCCGUAGAAGCAUCAGAAAGAGCCACGUCUACUCCUGCAGGUUCAGUCGUCAGUGUGUCAUCGACAAAGACAAGAGGAAUCAGUGCCGCUUCUGCAGGCUUCACAAAUGCUUUCGAGCUGGAAUGAAAAAAGAAGCUGUGCAGAAUGAACGGGAUCGUAUCAGCUCCAGGAGAAGCACACCAGAUUCGCAUGACCUUCCGCCUAUCACUGUUCUGGCACAGGCAGAGUCCCUUUCACAACAGAUCUGCGUCGCCAGUCCGACGGGCUCCGCUGAUAUCUCAGAGAAGAAAUCAGCCACCGUCGGGGACGUGUGCGAGUCUAUGAAGCAACAGCUGCUUGUUCUGGUAGAGUGGGCUAAAUACAUCCCGGCCUUCGGCGAAUUGCCUCUUGACGACCAGGUCAGUUUAUUACGAGCGCACGCAGGAGAACAUCUUCUGCUCGGAGUGGCCAAGCGGUCAAUGGUGUACAAAGACGUCCUGCUGCUCGGUAAUGGCUGUAUUAUUCACAGAAAUUGCCCCGAGGCGGAGAUCAGCCGAGUGGCUAACCGCAUCCUGGAUGAAUUGGUCUCACCUUUUCAAGACAUACAGAUUGAUGACAAUGAAUAUGCAGCUCUCAAAGCCAUUGUUUUCUUUGACCCUGAUGCCAAAAGCCUCAGAGAUCCCUCGAAGAUAAAAAGCAUGAGGUACCAGGUUCAGAUGAGUCUUGAAGACUACAUUAAUGACCGUCAGUACGACUCUCGUGGGCGCUUUGGCGAGUUGCUGCUGCUUCUCCCUACCCUGCAGAGCAUCACCUGGCAGAUGAUUGAGCAGCUCCAGUUCAUCAAACUCUUCGGACUGGCCAAGAUCGACAACCUGCUGCAAGAGAUGCUGCUAGGAGGUCUAACCACAGAGCAGCCGUACUUGCACCACCAUGGCCACCCCCAACUCGCCCAGGAUCCAGUCACGGGCCAGACGUUAGUCAUCAGCUCCAUUUCAGGCCCUCUGCAUGCACAGCAGUUAGCUUCUCCAGACACCCCAAUCCCAUCUCCUCCUCAAGUUCAGAGCCAGGAGAUCUAUAAGGCUUCCUCUAGUCCUACACUUUUAAUGCCAUCACAGCCCAUCUCCAACAGACCCUCUCCUGAGCCACCACUCUGAGGCAUGAAAUGGUGUCCUUGCAUCAUUAUUAACUGUAUAUGAAUGAACCUGUAUCUCCAUGUGUGUUUGUAAAUGUGUAAAUAGUAUGACAUGAUUAAAAAAAUGAUCAGUGUAUUAUUAAAAAUCUUUUCAACCAUUGAUAUCACAUGGUAUGAGGUAAAUCUUGGGGGAAAAAAACAUUUUUUGGUGGACACAUGAAAAUGUAUGAUUUCCUAUUAAACAUUUUAUAUAAAAAUAUACAUCAUUAUAAUCUGUAUUUGACUCAGGUUUAAUAAUCACAGAAACAGAUACACUAUAUUGCAAAAAGUUUUAGGACAUCUGCCUUUACAUGCACAUGAAUGUAAUAUGGAGUUGUUCCUUUGCAGCUAUAACAGCUUCAACUCUUCGGGGAAGGCUUUCCACACGGUUUAGGAGUGUGUUUAUGGGAAUUUUUGACCAUUCAUCUAGAAGCGUAUUUGUGAGGUCAGGCACUCCUUGGAAGAGAAGGCCUGGCUCGCAGUCUCCACUCUAAUUCAUCUCAAAGGUGAUCUAUCUGGUUGAGGUCAAGUUCCUCCACACCAAGCUCAUCCAUGUCUUUAUGGACCUUGCUUUGGUCACUGGUGUGCAGUCAUGUUGGAACAGGAAGGGGUCAUCCCCAAACUGUUCCCACAAAGUUGGGAGCAUGAAAUUGUCCAAAAUGUCUUGGUAUAAAGCUGAAGCAUUAAGAGUUCCUUAAUGCUCAACCCCUGAAAAACAACACCUGAAUUCACUGAUUUAGAGGGGUGUCCCAAAACUUUUGGCAAUAUAGUGUAUGUGUGUGAAAUCUUGAAAUGACAUGUAAUUAUGGUUAUUAAAAAAUGAAUUAAAGUAGAAGUUUUAACAGCUAUUCUGUAACCUGUGGAAUUUCAGAGAUGUUUGGUGUAUUUAUGAUUGUUUUAAUAAACCAAACAUUUUA